AUGCUAAUGGCUCGAGAGCUCCACGGGUUCAAGGCCGCUUUGGAAGCGCAGAGUCAAUAUAUGGCGUCACUUCCCAGGCGUGAUUGGUACGCUACUGCGUAUGCUCCGAACGAUCAUGAUAGCGGAAUAGACGGCUACUACAAUUCUCUCGCGGGAACCAGCCCUUGGCCUGAGGCCGAUGUUUUGAAGAAGCUCCUAACCACUAUUACCACACUCCAAGCAAAGUCACAAUCGGAACUUCGCUACGCAAAGGUUGAGGCGACAUGGGGCAGGUUAGACGCAAAGGAUUUGGAGACCAUAAGCCACCUGGAAAGGAAAAUUUUGUUCCCCCUUUUAGGCAUGGAGUGCCUCAGUCAUGCCACGCAUCGUAUCGAGAAAGGUGGUGGUUGGGAGGCUGUGAGCGGCUUAAAGGCUGGUCAUUCUCUGACUGAUACUGAAUAUGCCCAUCUCCAGGACAGAGAAAGACAGCAGUGGUAUUGGAUAUGUGGGCAGCUGUGCGUUCGUGCCCAACAGCUUCAGAAAGGAAUGAUGAUAGGCCUUGACGAGUCAUUGUAUGCUCUGCAACUCGGGAAAAGGCCCGCAUCUUCUGUCAGAACUGACCUCGAAGCGAAUGGCCACAAUUGUUUACCUGAGAAUAGGGACUGGGUCGCGCACUGUGAGGGCAUGAUACAGCAAUUUCUUAAAGAGAGACAAGGCCCCCUAGAAGACUGGUGUGCUUCUAAGGGUAUGGACGAUUCUUUCCAACAGAACAACGCGACGCAACAGGACUAUCCUUUACAUCAACGGCAUUUGUCUCAGCUGUACCUGGUACUCGAUCUAGAAUAUUUCUGCAUCAUGACUGCGCAAGCGAUUUUAGAUCUGGCUAAGUAUGCUGAAUCCAAAGUGGAUGAUGGAACGAUGGCGAGGAGCAGGCUUAUCUUCCCAACUUGGAAACAACUUAAGAAGUGGGCCAGAGACACAGUAUCUCGAGAGGACAGCAAUUUGGAUUACCAGGAAUAUAGCACCCGAUCUGGUACUGUCAUAGUCCGCCUUAGCGACAUUGAGCAGUCCGAAAAGGAUCCUGAACACCUUCCCCCGGUGUCCGCCUGGGAAAAAAUAUCGGAUAAAUUCCGCAUCAUUUCUCACAUCUUCGGCUCUCCAGAGUCAGCAUUUGGCUUCCGAGUGGCAACAGCCACCAUGGUGAUUUCAAUCGUUUGUUUCUUGAGGAAUUCUCAGCAGUUCUUCAUUGAACAGCGCUUGAUCUGGGGUUCGAUCAUGGUCGCCAUCAGCAUGACGAGAACCGCGGGGUCGGGUAUUUAUGGGCAAUUCUUACGAUUUGGUGGAACAGUACUUGCAAUGAUUGCAUCGUACAUUAUUUGGUAUAUUGUCGAUCAGCAAACCGCGGGCAUUAUCGUAUUUCUCGGCAUCACAAUGUUCUUUUACCAUUACCCGUUGAUCAAGCACCCUGACACCCUCGUCGUUCCAAUGAUAGGAAUGGUCACGGUUAUCUUGAUAGUGGGAUAUGAACUCCAAGUUAAGAAAAUCGGUAUUCCCAUCUCGAUUUCUAAUGGCCAGGUCUACCAUCCCCUGUACGAGCUUGCUCCGUACAGGUUAGCUACAGUCAUUGGUGGCCUGGCUGUUGCAUUCAUCUUUACGCACUUUCCGUCAGUUACUACAGUUCGGCGACAGCUCCGAGAGGACCUAGGAGCUUCACUUUAUCUGCUGGGCAACUACUAUUGCUCUGUGCAUCAAACAGUAUCACUCAAGAUAAGAGAAGCAGAAGGAGAUCCGGGGGACGAGAGAAGCCCGGGAAGGAGGCUCCAGAAAGCUCGAAGUCGACUCUUCGCUAAAGAGAUUAUUCUUCUCGAAGGCAUGAAGAAGCACAAGAAGUUCGCGACAUGGGAACUCGGGUUGGGUGGGAAGUUCCCAGAAGCAUCCUACGACAGGCUCAUUAAUCAUACCCAGCAUAUCGUUCAUUUCACAACCAUGAUAUCUCACGUCGCCGAGUCGUUCCAAAAUUUCCCAACUUCCACUGGAGAUCAAAAAACCUCAGAUUCGUGGUUAAAAGACUUCAAGAAUCUUGUGAUCUCCCUAGAGCUAAGUUCUCGAGAAGUUUCUGCCACUCUCUCUUUGAUCGCUACUGCCAUAUCAACGGGCCGGCCGUUACCCUCGUUCCUUACAGCUCCAGAGCCAGUCAGCCUGGAUCAGCUGCUCAAGAAGACUGACCGUGACAUCCUCAGUGCGGCGCACGUGUGUGAGCCGGGCUACGCCGCCUUCGCCGUCAUAGAAGUAGCGACUGCAUUAUUGGCAGAUGAUCUAAAAGGUUUGUUGCGUGAAACAAAGAAAUUGGUUGGAGAGGAGAACUUCGGCAUUGAUGUUUUCUCUCUGCAUGAUUAG